UUUUAUUUUAUUUUAUUUUAUUUUUAAAGAAAUAUGUCUUUGACCCAAGAGUCCGUGUUGUCGUUCCUCCUGGAGCGCGGGGGUCAGGUGAAGAACUGUGAUCUGGUGAGUCAUUUUCGGAGCCUCAUCAACAGCGGAGGUCCGGCGGAGAAGCAGCAGAAGCGGGAGCUCUUUAAGAGGCUGGUGAACAGCGUGGCUGUGGUCCGACAGAGCGACGGGCUGAAGCUGGUGGUCGUCAGGAAAAGAUACCAGGACUUUGUGAAAGAUGAAAACCCGGAGCGAAGCUUCUCGAGCCGAAACAACAACAACAACCCGACCUCCCCUCCUCCUCCUCCUGCUCCUGUCCCAGCAGCAGAGUCAGACAGGAGGAUUCACCCAGAGGAGCAGCACAGCCUCCGCUGCUCCUCUUCAGCUACGGAGAGCCCGCCCAGAAGAAGGUCUUUGUCGGAUUCAACCACCCUCAAAGUGCUCCAUCUCACCGGGGAGCAGCCGAGCAGAGCGGGCAGAUCAGGCGUGGUGUUUGCUGUCAUAGCAGUCAAAUCCCCAGAGAGGGGAGACUCUGCACCAGCAGCACACCAGAGUCCAGACCAAACAAAACCUCCCCCCGAGCCUGCUAAUACGUUUUCACAUUUGAAAAGUUGGGGAGGCAAGACAGAGGGCGACCCCCCGGCGAGGCCCCRGAGCAAGAGCACAAGACCAACAGAUGAUGAAUGCGUGCCUCUGGACCCUUUAGCUCACGAGUGGCUGGUGAAGUGUGCAUCCGGACUGUGGGGGUCCGUGUACGCCUUGCUGCUGAGGGACACGCGCCUGGUCCAGAGGAAGGACUUCAUGUCCGGCUUCACGGCCCUGCACUGGGCCGCCAAGGACGGCGACAGCGGCGUGCUCCACAAGCUCCUGGAGAUCUCGGGGCGACGGGGCGCGGACGUGAACGUCAACAGCAAGUCCCACGGAGGGUACACGCCCCUGCACAUCGCCGCCAUGCACGGCCGCGCCGAGGUGGCGGCGGCCCUCGUGCGUCGCUACGGCGCCAGCGUGGACGAAAGGGACAACAGCGGCAGGAAGGCCCUCCACUACCUGGAGGAGGACGCGCCGGCCGAGGUCAGGGGUCUCCUGGGUGGACGGGACCGGGAGAGGACCGAGGACGAGGAGCACAAAGGGCACCACAAAGGGUUCAACUCCAUCAGUAAACUCUUCCACCCUCACACGGGGAGGAGGCCCAGGGCGAGCAGGGUUUCACAUGAGUGGUGACUUGGAAGAAAACGGCCACUUCCAAGGAAAACACGGCGUGGACAAAGCUGCACGAUACCCUGACGAUAUCCUGAAGGACUGCAAUAGAUCUCAAGGGGCGUCCAUGUUUGGUGGAACCAAGAGCCGCUCGUGGCCUUGAAGCCCACAUCUGGUUUAGAUGAUGACAGGAGAGGAUGGGGUGAAAAUGUUGGUUUAUCACAACUGAUAUUGUAAUAUUAAACGAUAAUAUUGUACAUUGCAAGUUUUUCUUACACAUAUCUCUUAGUACAGUGUAUCACUGACUCAUAUAGGAGAUUUGUACUUCAAAUAUAUAAAGUUUUCAUAGAACCAGAACCAGAAAUCAACAUUUUGUUAGAUGUUUCUGUCUCCUAAUGAGGAAUAAAUCUGUUGAUGUAAAACCUGAGGGAACUGA